ACACGGCAGAUUGUCUACAGAGCUGCUCUCGCGCUGCACAAGUUUACUCGUUUUUAUUCAAGAUGGCGCAGAAAGCUGUGCAACUUGCUCAACAAGCAACUGCUGCACUAUCUGCUGUUUCGCCUGGAAUCUUAGUUCGUGUUGGAAACAGGGGCAUAAAUGCUGUUACCAAAUUUGGUCGAGUCUUGAAACCCAAGGCACAAAAUUUUGCCAAAAAUGCAUCCGUCGAACUUGCUCCACCUGCUCCCAAUGAGUUUCUGCAUCAAGCAAACGUAGUGAAAAAUGAUAUCAUCAGUGGAGAAAGUUUGAAACGGGUGUCAGAAAUGACCGUGAAUCAGUUUGCCGCCAAGGGAUUAGUUGUAGUUGAAGUAGCUUUCUGGUUUUACAUUGGUGAAAUGAUCGGUAGGCGAUCAAUAAUUGGAUACAACCCGAAAUUAUAACAUUUUUAUAUUUUAUGCUGGUUACGUGUGAUUAUGUUUAUGAAUACGAAUAUAAAUAUAGAUGUUUUCGAAUAUUCAA